AAAUGAAUAUAGUCAUGAUAUAAUUACUGUACAUCUUAAGAUGCUAAAAAUGAUUUUAAGUUCUUAAAUAUUUAUCAAUAUGUUCAUUUUAUAUUGCUAUUUAAUUGCCAUCCUUUUCCGCACCCAGCUGACGCUCACCCAUGCUGAUUAGAAAUAAUGGAAGCUAAAAAUAUAUAAUUUGUGACUGUAUCUUUAUCUUCAGAUGUCUUUUUUCAAGCAUAAUGCGUUAGUUUUUGUGUCUAUGAGAGCAUAAAAGGAGAUCUGAUAAGAAAUUAAUCUAAAUGUUUCAUAUCUUUUGGAAUCUGUUCAAAAUUGUUCACAUGGAAGGCCAGAGAGAAAUAUGGAGAAAGUAAAGAAGCUGCCUUUGCAUUAGCCUUCUAGGAAAUAAGUUUUACAUAUCAUCUGAAAAGUCAAGUAAAUUUGUUAAAUUUGAACUAAAACAACAUUUUGUUUAUUUGAAAAAAUUGCUAUCAUUUCCCUUCGUGCCAUAUUCUUAUGAUCACAGGAAUGAGGGUAUGUUCUGACCUCAUGUUAGUUCACAUUUGGUAACUAACGCCGUAAUAGCGCUAAUGAAGAUGAGGUAUGUAUAGUUUCAAAUGUAUUAUUGUUGGUGAAUACACACCUUGCUCAUAGCAUUUUCCUUGACUUGCUAACACAUGAAGACUACUAGCCUCCUGGUUUUCACUAGGGUUUACCGUAUGUUAGUUAUCACAAGUUAAUACUUCUGAGCGUGUCUGCCCUGCGGAGGAGCUGUGCUCUUACAGGUCCAUCUGCUGAGGCACUGGGAGGAGUGAGACUGUGGAGCACACUGCGGAGCGUAGAUGUACUGGGGUUUAGAUACUUCUCUUCUGGGAACAAAUGCAUCUAGACUCUAGCUCUAGAUACCAUUUCUUUUCCUGGAGGUGAUUUCCAAGCUUCUUCUGUGUUAUUUUUGCUUCCAAGCAUUAAAUACUUCUGACUCCUACUAAACUAAUCCAGAAAUGGUAGGCUACUUUUUCCUUGCCAGUACUUGCACAUUUCAUUUGGCUCACUGUUUGCUCUACCUGUUUGUUCGGAGAAAAAGCAUAUGCAAGCUGUUGUGUGACUCUGCUAACUGCUAAGAGGCAUCUGACUGAAGUGAGAGUCUUCAGGACUUCUCUUUGUGGAUGUCGUUGUGAAGGGUUUCACAUUUGGCUAAUGGUUACUUCCUGAAGCUUGCUGUGUCAAGAGAAGGUGAUGGUGGUGGGAACUGCUCAUCCUACUCUCUGGACAUACGUAUAUAUAUGAAUUUUAAAGAAUGAGGAAGCAUCAUUGCGUGAAGCGUAUUCAGAUCUAAUGGCACAGCAAAAUAGCACAAUUGAUGAGAACAGAAAACUCAUAGGAAAGGUAAAAACACUUGAGGAGAUGUUAGAGGAUAUGAAGAAACAGAAGUUCCAAGUGGAACAGGAACUCCCUAAAGUGAGGGAAGCUGCAGAAAAUGAGCGGAAGAAUCUGCAAAAGGACAUGCAAGAGAUCUGUCUUCAGAAAACCAAGGCUGAGCAAGAGGCAAAACAGUGUCGUACAGAUCUAGAGAGCCUUGAGAAAGAGAAAGCAGAGGCAAAGCAGGAGUUGGAGCAUGUGAGGCAGCUCAUUUUUCAGGCAGAGACUCAAAGGAGUAUACUGGAAGAAAACCUCCGGGCUUUUCGAAAUCAAAUAGAAGAAAGCACCUUUACUAGAAGAAACCUUGAAGAGCAUCUAAGAAGAAAAGAUACAAAUCUUCAUGAUUUAGAGCAACAAAAAAAAUCCUUAAUGCAGGAGCUGAAGAAAAAAACAGAAGGAGAAGAGAAACUUAUGAAAAUGAUAAAGCAAAUGGAACAAGAUCUUGAAUUUAAAGGAUAUUUAUCAGAAAUAAAGUUGCAAGAAAAAGAGAAGACUGAAGCCAGAAGAAAGGUUGUUGAAGGCAGGUACUCUGUAACUAGAGAAACUGUCCUGCCUACUUACACAGCUGGGCAAGGCAGUCAAUGUAAGACUCACUCUGAAAUUACAGGUUUCCAGAAGAAACAAGAAGCAAAAAAAGUAGAAGAGCUUAAACAGAAGAUAGAUGAGCUAACUCUUGCCAACAGAAAAGCUGAUAAAGCUAUUAAAGACCUGAAAUAUGAACUGAAUGCAACUGAGCUUCAGAAAUCAUCAGCAGAAGACAAGUCUCAUUUAUUAAAAGAAAAAUUAGAUGAAGCCAACAGUGCACUGAAGUGCCUAAAAAUUAAGUUGGAGGAAAAAGACCAAGUAGAGCAGGGAUAUUUGCAACAGCUGAAAGAACUUGAAAAGCAGCUACACAGAACAACAGAUAAAGCUGAUGAGGUGAUGCAAGAAGCUAUAGGUCUUAAGAAAGUUAAGAUGAACUAUCAGGAGGAGCUGAAAGCUGUCCAGCAGGAAAAGGCACAGCUGAAAAGAGAAGUAGAGGAAUUAACUAGAUCACAGACAAAAACUGAAAUCACCAUAAAGCAGUUAAAUUCACAAAUCAGUUCACUUCAAAAAGAGAAAGUGGCAGCUGAAUACAGAACACAGUCAUGCAAAGGAGAAGCAAGCAGUCUUGAAGACCAAUAUAAGAAAAUUCAGGAACAAUUGCUUCAAAAAACAAAAGUAGAGAAGGAAAACCAGCAGGAACUUCAGAUGUUGAAAGAUGAAUUAGCCAAAAGCACUCAGGCAUCAGAAACAUUGAAACAAAAGAUAGAGGAGCUUCAUAAAUGGAAUACUGACACAAAACUACGCAUGAAGCAAAUUCAGUCUGAAUCAGAGAAGAUAUCUCUGGAAAAGCAAAGUAUUCAGAGGAAAAAUGAUGCAUUGAAAACACUAGCAGAUGGUUUCAAAGAGCAACUGCGUACAACAAAUGAACAGUUGCACAAGCAAACAAUAAUUGAGCAAGAAUUCAUAUGUAAAGUCAAAAGCCUAGAAGAUGAGCUAGCAAAAACAAAAGGCUUAGUCAGUGAAUAUAAACAAAAAUACGAUAAACAAAGUGCUUCCACCCUAACCAUUAACCUAGAGGUCAAAAAUCUAAAUGCACAAGUGAAUGCUCUAACUAUGGAAAAGACAGUGAAUGAGCAAAAAAUGCAACUACAACAAGCUCAUGUUCAAGAGCUAACUGGUAAACUAAAAAAAUUACAGGAUGAACUCCACCAGAAGACUCUGGAUGAACAAAUGGCACGUAAAAAGAUGGUUCUGUUUCAGGAAGAAUCCAUUAAGUUUAAACACUCUGCAGAGGAAUUUAGGAAAAAAGUUGAAAAAUUACUAGAAUCCCAUAGCAUCACAGAAAAAGACAUUUCUGGCAUAAAACUGGAAUGUGUUGCUCUUCAGCAGGAAAAGAAUAUGGCUGAGGAAAACAUCAUGUUGUACAAGAUGCAAAUUGAAGAUCUGCAAGAAAGGCUUAAAAAAUGUCGUGAACAACUGCAGCAGGGGAAGCAUGCUGAGAUGGACUAUCAUCAGAAAUGCAGGAAACUUGAGGAAGAAUUGGAAGUGCAGAAGCACAUGGUUGAGAACUUGAAACAGAAAAUGGACCUGCAGGCCAGGGAGAGUGAACACAGAUUUCUUUUGUUUCAGAAUGAAAUUCAACAAAAUAAUAAUAUCAAAGAUUCUGGAUUUAAAUUGAGCUGUGAGAGAAGAGGAAAUAAUUUCGGUUACCUGAAUGACACCUCAGGUAGGGAUUUUGAACAACUCCAUGCACAUGCAAAACCUAGCUCACCUUUGGUAAAGCAGAAACAAGAGAGAUCAGGUUUUAAAUCUGGUCAAACAGAAGAAAAUACACUGUACGUGAGUGCUGACGAUACGGUAUCAAGAGAGGUCCAGUUCCAGUUGUCAAGAAUAAACCAAUCAUUAGAAGAAGAUGCAAGUCCACAAUCUUUUACAGGAUUUGUUUCUCAGACAAGUACACAGUUGCAGAUAACUUUUGAUAAAGCAAGCCAAAUUACUGGAAUAUCAGAAAUAGACCAGUUAAGAGACAUGAACCUACAUAGUUCCAGACAAACUGUUAGAUGUGGAGAAGACAUGAAGCAUGAAUUAGGAUUAGUAAAACUGCAUCCCUUGGAGAUAGUGAAGAACAAGCAGUAUGACAUGCAUGUUGAAGUUACAACAUUAAAACAAGAAAAUGACAAGACUUUUGGUAAUGAAGAGAGAAUGUUUGAGGGAUGCAAAACAUCUGAAGGGUUUAGGAGAGAAGACUUUGCAAAGAUGAGUUCUUUCUUAGGGGAAGAGAUUCUGAAAACUGUUGAUGAUGCUACUCAAUUGGAAUAUUUUAUGGAGGAAUAUGAUGAUAUUAAAUUUCAAGGUCUCAGACAUGAUGUAACUGCCAGACAGUUAACUGAAGUUAAACUUCUGGACAGGCUCACAGUUGAGCAGCUCCGUUCAGGGCAGAAAACUAUUGAUGAGAUUCAGAAAAAUCUCGAAAAUUUUUUAACUAAACCUACAGCUAUAGCUGGGCUGUACCUUGAAUCCAGCAAAGAGAUACUCUCUUUUGCUUUAGCAGCAAAGAGAAAAAUCAUAGGAAAAGCAUUAGCAUUAGCAUUUUUAGAAGCCCAAGCAGCUACUGGUUUUAUCAUUGAUCCAACAACAGGUCAGAAAUUCUCUGUUGAUGAUUCAGUUGUUAGAGGGCUUGCAGAUAACGAAUUCAAGAGUAGACUGCUUGAGGCAGAAAAGGCUGUUUUGGGAUAUCAUUGUUCUGGUAAAGUAAUAUCUGUGUAUCAGGCUAUGGAAGCUAGACUCCUAGAAAGGCAAAAAGGUAAAAAUAUCCUUGAAGCUCAAAUUGCAAGUGGGGGAGUCAUUGAUCCUGUAAGAAGUGUCCGUGUCCCUCCAGAAAUUGCAGUGCAGCUUGGUUUGAUUAGUAACACAAUUUUAAAAUUUUUGCAUGAACCUUCUAGUAAUGCAAAAUGUUUUCACAAUCCAAAUGACAGGAAAGCUAUGUAUUACUAUGAUUUGCUGAAAAUGUGUGUGUUCAGCGUAAACAGUAAAUGCUUUCUGAUUCCGGUUGGGGAAAGGAAAAUAAGCAGCCCAUCAGCAGAGAAAUGUCAUAAAAUUUCUGUAGUAGACAUCAGAACAGGAGCUGAAAUGACUUCGUAUGAGGCUUACCAAAAAAAUUGUGUUGAUAAAACUACAUAUCUUGAGCUUUCAGAACAGGAAUUCGAUUGGAAAGAGUCUACAUGUUUUGAUUCCUAUGGGAAUUCUUCUCUUUUGCUUACAGAUCUUAAAACUGGUGUACAGUUUAAUAUUGAGGAGGCCUUAAAACAGGGUAGAAUUGACAGAGCAUUAGUUGAUGGCUAUAAGGAAGGUCUCAUCACAGCUAAUGAGUUUGGUGACAUUUUAGUUAGCAGUUCUCAAACAAAUAAAGAUCUACACAGUCCUAUUGCAGGGUUUUGGCUUGCUGAAACCAAUGAAAGAAUUCCAGUUUUAAAAGCCUCACGCAGAAACUUGGUAGAUAGAAUUACUGCUCUCCGGUGUCUCGAAGCUCAGGUUGGUACAGGAGGCAUAAUUGAUCCAUUUACUGGGAAAAGGUACAGUAUUUCAGAAGCUUUGCAAAGGGAGUUAAUUGAUGAUGGUUGUGCCAAGCAAAUUCAGCAGUGUGAACUAGUCUUUACUGGGAUCAUUCACCCUGUAAGGAAGACAGUUAUGUCAGCUAUUGAGGCUAUGAAUGUAAAUGCCCUAGACAAAGAAACGGGCGUUCGCUGCCUGGAGUACCAGUACUUGACUGGUGGGUUGAUAGAUCCAAAAUCUCAUUCCAGAUUAUCAAUGGAAGAUGCAAUUAAGAAUGGUGUUAUUGAUGCUGUCACAGCUACAAAGAUCAAAGAUGAAAAAUUUUAUGUUAAAUCUAUAACAUGCCCAAGAACAAAGAAGAAGUUAACCUACAAAGAAGCUUUAGAGAGAGCUAUUUUUGACUGCCACACUGGGCUACGACUAUUAGAAGCUGCUCAGCCCUUGAAAACGGGGAUUUCUAGUCUUUACUAUGCUUCGUAAUGGAACAAAAAUAUUUGUACUCAUUUUUGGGCCUAGUCUAAAAUCUGUUCUGGUCUGGGAAAUGAUCUCUGUUGACCUCUGCAGAACAUUAUGAAUAGUGUUUCAUAUUCUGAUAGGGAAUUAAAUUACAAUUACAUACCCAAUUAAAAAAAAAUCCAUUGAAGCAAAAUAUCCUCAAUUUUAGUUAUGAUCAAGGAAGGGCUUAAGCAUGUUUUCUAAGUGCUGAUAAAUUUCAGAUUGCUAAUAGGUUCUAUUACUGGACAAAAAUGUAUUUUCCUCUGUGGAAAAAGAUGAAGUUUUUUUAGCAUUUUUCUCGUAUUGUCCUUUUUUCUAUAGCUGUAAAAGCAGUAUAUUCUUCCUAAUUGUAAUUUAGUAAUCCAUGUGUAUAGAUUGCAAAAUACUGAUGUCUCGUGCUGGUUGUACAUAUGCACACUUGAGGGUAAUGCAAAGGCAGCAAUUCAAAGAUACUUUAUAUGCAAACAUUGUUUAGAUUUUAUCUGAUGAGUAAUGGCUGGGAAGCUAUGCUUUUUCUGUAAUAUCAAUCAUUUUAUAAUGACUGUACAUGUGUAUGAAUAAGCACCAUAAUCACAAUCUUUACAAAUCUUUUGGAGGAAUUAUUCUGUUAAUGUCUAUAAUUGCAUGACAUUUUUGUUCCUAUAUCAAAGUGUCAUAGUACUGCAUGUGGUGAAUAAAUAAAAAGAAAUGACUUUAUGGUUAUGUGGUAA